AUGGAAAAAUAUACAAAUUAUAGAGACAGAGGCACUGGUAUAUCACCAUUCAUGCCAAUACAUCCAAGCAAACAUGGAUCCAUAUUCAAGACUGUACAAUGGACGAUUUUUAUUGUCAAAAUGGUUCUUUUGUUACCAUUGAUAGUAUUCAGUGUUGGUGGUAAUUUUACUGGAUCAAUGAUAUAUUUAUUAAUGAAAUUAGUGUUCAAUUAUUCCGUAGAUGUUACAGUACAAGGUAAGAGACGGAGAGCAGUUAGUAGAAAGACAGAUUAUCCACGUCGUGGAAAUCUUUACCUAUGUAAUUACACAAGUGUGUUAGAUGCAUUGGUCUGCCGUAUUAUAGCACAAGACACAUCAGUGUUGUUUUUGGUGGCAUUUCAGAAUAAGAUUUAUGGUAUGAGGAUCUGGAGUUUCAUUAGAUACACUUUGGCUCAAUCUGAUAUUGCUAAAUACGGGGAGAAGAUAGAUGUAUGGAAGGAUGUAUGUGACAACUAUACAUGUUUUAUGUUCCCAGAAGGAGUUACAUCCAAUGGUAAAAGUGUAUUACCAUUUGAAAUAGAAGAUGCAAGAUUAAAACAGUUUAUUUUAGGUGAGGAUGUUGUAUCUGCAAAGAAAAAGAGGAAAUCUACUACCACUUCUGCAACCGCCAGUAUGAGAGACAAGAUUGGAGGUUAUAAAGGUAACGGUGAUAGUAGCAGUGAUGGAAAAGAUAUUAAGAAUUUGAUUCAAUGGUGUCAGAUCAAACAUACUCCCUCGACAUUGACUGUACCAGUCCCCAAGAGUGGAUUUGAGUUUUUCAAGACUCUGUUAUACGUUACCAAACCUUAUUCCAAAUGUAAGAUCACUCCACCUGAUGUGGCUGUGGGAUACGAUAGUGGUAGCGGCAGUAGUACCUCCAGUAUCACGGCACACGGACGUGUAAUAUUGAACGGUGGCCAGGCCCCUGUUGCUCGAACUUUAAAUGCGGCUCAAAAGGCACAGUUCAUUGCAGAAUGGGGUGCACGGAUGUAG